UUAAUAAUUACAAAUAUAAACUCUCUCUAUCUCUUGCUUACCCUAGAGCCGCCGUUGCUGCUCUCCAUUUCUUCCUCCGGCGAAAUCUGAGUUGGGGAUAAGGACUAUGGCAUUAAGUUAUAUCAAAUCAUUGAGAAACGCUAACUUUCUCAAGGAGGUUAUUCAAAUAGGAGGCUGCAGAACAUUUGCUGUUGGGGGUGGUAAGAAGAAGGGCGGAAAAGGUGGCGGUGCUUCAGAUGCUCCAAAGGCAUCAUCGAUUAGCAAAGAAGUCAAGGCCAGUACAGUCGUCGGGGCAAAUAUUCUCAAGGAUGGAGCAGAUCCAAAAGUGUUGGCCGACUCAGAAUACCCAGAUUGGCUGUGGCACCUACUGGAUAAACGCCCGGCACUUAGCGAACUGAGGAGGAAGGAUCUCGAGUCUCUCCCUUACGACGAUCUCAAACGUUUUGUCAAGCUGGAUACCCGAGCUAGGAUCAAGGAAAAUAAUUCUAUUAGGGCCAAGAAUUGAAAUUUCUGCUGGAAAUGGUGUAUGUUUUGUAGACUCCAAUGCUUAGUAAUAGGCUUUACCUGGAACUAUAAGUUGGUCUUUUGUUAUAGAAGACAUUAUUUAAGAUUGAGCAGCAGCUUUUUAUCUGCUUUAUUCUUGAUUUCCUUAA